AUGGCUUCUCGGAUUUUGGCGAGGUUUGGUCGGAAAGCACCGCAGCUACUGAGUAAUCCUUCUAGAGCGGCACAACAAUUUUUUCGUCAUAGUAAUUUAUCGAACAGAGUCGUUUUUGGCCUAAAAAUAUUUGUGAGUGAUUUAAAGGAGAAGCCCAACGUUUCAAAAGCUGGUGCUAAGGGACGAGUUGCUGUCGUUAUUGGUGCAGUUGUCGAUGUGCAGUUCGAUGAAGGGCUCCCACCAAUCCUCAAUGGCCUUGAAGUAGUCGGACGUAAACCGCGUUUGAUAUUGGAGGUUGCCCAGCAUUUAGGCGAUAAUCUUGUGCGAACAAUUGCUAUGGAUGGUACGGAGGGGCUUGUACGUGGUCAAGAAGUAGUUGACACUGGUGACCCAAUUAAAAUUCCUGUAGGUCCUGGUACUCUUGGUAGAAUCAUAAACGUUAUUGGUGAACCUAUUGAUGAGAGGGGACCCAUUGACACUAAACAUUACGCACCUAUCCAUGCUGAUGCUCCGCAGUUCGUGGAUAUGAGUGUUGAACAAGAAAUUCUUGUAACAGGGAUCAAAGUUGUAGAUUUGCUAGCUCCCUACGCCAAGGGAGGCAAAAUCGGGUUGUUUGGUGGUGCUGGUGUCGGGAAGACUGUGCUGAUUAUGGAACUGAUCAACAAUGUGGCCAAAGCUCAUGGUGGUUAUUCAGUAUUUGCUGGAGUCGGUGAACGUACACGUGAGGGUAAUGACUUGUAUCAUGAGAUGAUACAAGGAGGUGUAAUUGACCUCAAAGGAAAGAGCUCAAAAGUAUCGCUUGUUUACGGCCAAAUGAAUGAGCCUCCAGGGGCGCGAGCUCGUGUCUGCCUUACGGGGCUCACAGUGGCUGAGUAUUUCCGAGAUCAAGAAGGCCAAGAUGUUUUACUGUUUAUCGACAACAUUUUCCGUUUUACACAGGCAGGUUCGGAGGUGUCUGCCUUAUUGGGCCGUAUUCCAUCAGCUGUAGGCUACCAACCGACUCUGGCAACGGAUAUGGGUAGUAUGCAGGAACGUAUUACCACAACGAAGAAGGGGUCUAUCACGUCGGUGCAAGCUAUAUAUGUACCAGCUGAUGACUUAACUGAUCCGGCUCCAGCAACAACUUUUGCUCACUUGGAUGCUACUACCGUGUUGUCGCGUGGUAUUGCUGAAUUGGCUAUUUAUCCCGCUGUAGAUCCGUUAGAUUCUACUUCUAGAAUUAUGGACCCUAAUAUUGUGGGUCAAAGGCAUUAUGACACCGCACGUGGAGUCCAGAAGAUUUUACAGGAUUACAAGUCAUUACAAGAUAUCAUUGCGAUUUUGGGCAUGGACGAGUUGUCUGAAGAAGAUAAGCUUACUGUGUCGAGAGCACGUAAAAUACAGCGGUUUUUGUCUCAGCCAUUCCAGGUAGCUGAAGUUUUUACUGGUCAUGAGGGGAAAUUCGUGACUCUGGACGAGACCAUCAAAGGAUUUGAUAUGAUACUUAAAGGUGAAUUAGACCAUAUACCUGAGGUAGCUUUCUAUAUGCAAGGAGGUAUCGAUGACGUCUUUAAGAAGGCUGAAGAACUCGCCAAGCAGCAUUCUUAG